UUUUAAAAUUUCAUAGUUCAAACAAGAGAUUGAGAAGCAGAUUAGAAAUUCAAAAAUAUCAUUAGAAGCAGAGAAGCUGAGAGAUACCAAGAAUAUUAUCAUUAAGCAAGAGAAAAAGUGAGAGGCACCAUAAACAAGAAAGGAAGUGAGAGAUGGAAAACGUUAUGAUGAGAGAGGAAGUUGUGAUAGUAGGAGGAGGAGUUGCAGGAUUAGCAACAGCGUUAGCAUUAAAGAGAGUUGGAAUCAAGAGUUUAGUGUUAGAAAGAGCAAAUGAGUUGAGAAUCACUGGUGGUUCUUUAACUCUUUCCUCAAAUGCUUGGAUUGCUCUUGAAGCACUUGGUGUUGCUCACAAACUUACUGCCGUCUACAAACCUUUCAAAAGGGGAGAGGUUACUAAUAUAGCAAAUGGAGUUACCCAAGAGAUUCUGUUUACAACAGAUGAAGGGGAUGAGUGGUUGGCAAGAGGGCCUAGGUCUCUGCAUAGGAGAGCCUUACUUGAAGCUCUGGCAGAAGAACUACCAGCUGAUACAAUCCGUUACUCGUCGAGGCUUCGCUCAAUUGAAAAAACCGAAACACGUAAUGAUGCAGAUUCAUUCGGGGUAAUCGUUCAUUUAGAAGAUGGGACUACUAUCCAUACCAAGGUUUUAAUAGGGUGUGAUGGUGUGCAUUCUGUGGUGGCAAAAUGGUUGGGGCUUAAAGCACCGGUUUAUUCAGGUCGAUAUGCCGUGCGCGGAUUAGGAGUGUUUCCUGAAGGUCAUGGAUUGAAACAUGAAGUUCAACAAUUUGUUGGAGAAGGUCGUAGAUUUGGUAUCGUGCCAAAUACCAACACUGACGUUUUCUGGUUCAUGACUUAUCCAUCCACCCCCAGUGCAGAAGAAGAGAUGGCAAAAGGAGAUCCAAAGAUCAUACAACAAACAAUGUUAGAGAGAGUGCCUGAUUCUGCACAAAUAGUCAAAGAUGUCAUACAACAUGCUUAUAUGCCAAGUUUAUCAUGGGGACCUCUACAAUUCAGAUACCCAUGGGAUCUUCUUUUCGGUAAAGUUUCAAAUGGCACAAUUACCGUAGCAGGUGAUGCAAUGCACCCAAUGACACCAGACCUUGGUCAAGGUGGUUGUUCGGCAUUAGAAGACGCAGUGGUGUUGGGACGCCACAUAGGAAAUUCGUUUAUCAGAAAUGGUGGAAUGCUAUCACAAGAGGACUUAGAGGUUGAGAUAGGAAUGUAUGUGAAAGAGAGGAGAUUUAGAACAGCUGGUUUGAUAACUGGUUCAUACAUUUCUGGUUGGGUUCAACAAGGUGGAGGAGUUGGUGUAAUCUCGUCAUUAAGAGUUGUAGGAUGGUUGGCGAAGUUUGUUCGAGAUUCGGUAUUUUAUAAGAUGGCGUUCCGCCGGUUAGUCAGUUUGAUACAGUAUGAUUGUGGAAAGUUACCUACGGGAUCUGCUUCCAAUGGAAAUUGAUGUUGUGUGGUCCUAACUCAUAAGUAGAUAUUUACCACGUUGAAUAAGCUCAUUGUAAGCAUUACUAUAUUUCCUAUCGUUGUGUUUCAUUCUGUAUGUUUGUAACGUAUUCCCUCCGUCUCUAAAAGAUAAGUAGAUUUGUGUGUAAAUUUACUUUAAAGACGGAGGGAGUACCAUUUUCAUAAAUGUGAUUUGUAUUUAAAGAACAUAGCAGUUAUAAAAGAGGUUUUUCCAUUUUAAAUUUA